AGACGGCAAGUAAUUCUUCCGACUCGACAUCGUAUGAUUCGCAUGAUAUAAAUCUCGACUUGACACAUAAAUCGGUUAUUGAUCAUUUAUCCUCAAAAACCAUCAUUUAAUACCAUGAAGGUAAUUAUUAUCGGUGCCGGUCUUAGCGGGCUUAGUACAGCGAUUGCUCUGCGAAAGUACGUUAAACCUCGUGAUAAUGAUCAGUUAGUAGUGAAAGUGUACGAGAAGAGUCAGCAGAGGGCUGAAUCUAGCGACGAGAGAAGAGCUCGACUCGGUGCUGGGAUAAGCUUGCAGGGUAACGGACUUCGAAUUCUGGGGGAUUUCGACCCCGUGCUCAAGAAUCGAGUCCACAGUGCUGGAUAUCCAUGUUCGCAUUUCAAGUGGAAGACCGCUGGCAAUUUUCUCCUAGGGCGAGAGUAUCUCGACGUAUUGCCGAUUUCUCGCCCUGUCCUCAUCGACUGUCUCCUGGAGGUCCUACCGAAUGAUGUGCUUGACUACAGGACUGUGUCAAAUGUCAUAACACGCCAAGGCCUCAAGCCAAUCGUACAGUUCGAAGAUGGCACCGAGGAGAGCGCAGAUUUGGUCGUCGGAGCAGAUGGAAUCCGUAGUAUCGUCAGGAGAGGUCUAUUUGGUGAUAAUCGAGACUGCCACCCCGAGUAUUUAGGCAUCUCUGCAGUUGGUGGUGUCCUUGACAUACCAAUACCCCAGCAUCUCAUUGACGAUCCAUGUCUGCAAUUCUUCAUGGGCUCGACUGGUGCCUUUGGCUAUUGCGGCUUGACACAAACCGAUCGUAACAAGUUACUCUACUGGUCUAUCUAUGAGACAGACCUACCCGAAAAGGGUACUCAGUUCGAUCGCAAUGCAGCCAUGCAGCAACUACGCGAUCGCCACGCUAGCUGGUCGGAUCCCAUCAUCAGCAAAUGUCUUGAGAAUGCCUCAGUGGACCAUGUUUACCCCAUAUUUGUUAUGCCCAAGAUCCCACUCUGGGGUCGAGAUGGUUGUGUACUCGUAGGAGACGCAGCGCACGCCAUGUCUCCCAGAAGCGGACAGGGAGGAAGCCAGGCAUUUGAAGAUGCGCAGACAUUGGGGCUUCUUCUGGCCGGGCACCUCGCAAAGCACGAUAUAGCAGACUCAGUGUCGCGGACCAUCUCAGGAAUCUACGACAUACGACGUGAACGCGUACACAGAAUUCGAGACAAGGCGAUGGAGUGGAAAGACCCGAAGAUGCCAAUGUCCUGGCUGAUGACAUGUGUGCUCUAUGCUUACAUAUUUAUCAACACAAAGGUACAAUACGCCAUUACAAGUGUUUUCGGUCGUGCUGAAGAUUUGUGGGAUGCGAAAGCAGUGGUAAAAAAGUAUCUGGAGUAUGAUUCUUGAGGAUAAAGCCCCAGGAGGCUGUUAAUUAGAUGAUGAAUGACAACAGUGUCUCGAUCAACCAUGUUGAUCUUCUCUCCAAGAACCAAUGAACAUAUGUUGGACCAGGAUAUCCUUCUCAUCGUCCGACUUGGGAUACCAUCCCAGCCAUUCAGACGCUAACCUUGAUAAAAUUAGAUUAUGUUCAAUCAAGGCAGGUUUCCUAAAA